CCAAAGCAGCCGUCCGGUGCGUCGAUCGACGGGAGGCGUGUCGUAGUGAGUGAUGGGGGUACUGCUCGUGCAUGCAUGGCAUGCAGCGUGUAUGAGGCUGCGCCACCAUAGCUGCGCUGGCUGCGCGCGCAAUCUCACGUGACCUUGUGCACAUGACCCACGUCACAUGACCACCAGAAGCGGCCAGCGACUGCGGACUGGAUCGAGCGCGAGCGAGUGCGACAAGCGACGUAUCCGCCGAGGGGGCGCAAAAAAGAUUGAAGACAAAAAGAAAAAGGAAAAAAAGUCUUACGACGAGCUAUGACUGAAGUUAACACACAUUCACAGCGUUAGCUUGCGUACUUGCGUGAAGUUACCUGUUUUAUGUAGUCGAAAUGGCAACUAGAAGUCUUACAGAAGCGUUCAUAUUGAUGCGCAACAAUGCCCUACAGAGCAAGCAUAUCUUCGGUGAACAAGUUCAAGAGGACACCGUGGCCUUAGUUGGUCAAGAUGUUGAAAGGGGUUUUGGUAUUUAUAAGGAUGCCUCUGAACCGCCGAGAUGGGUCGAUGCGUUGGAGGAGAUUAAUUAUCAAAUCACAAAGAUAAAGGAAAAAUUGAAAGACCUGUCGGCACUUCACGACCGUCACUUGAAUCGUCCCACUUUUGACGAGAGCUCACUUGAAGAAGACGAGAUAGAGCAGGCAACGCAUGAGUUAACGCAGCUGUUCAGCCAUUGUCAGCAGUUGCUGUCUGUGAUCCAGCAAGGGGGCAGGCAUGGGUCGAACCUUAAAGAAGCGAGUCUGGCCCAAAACGUUGUGCGUUCGGUCGCUGGUUCGCUGCAGUCGCUCACCACAACUUUUCGUUCUUCCCAGACAACAUAUUGCAAGAGACUUCAGUCUCGGGAGGAACAUUCAAACAAGUUUUUCGACGUCCCAUUCUACAGCGAGGAAACACGGCUGUCGCCCGAUGCCUUCAAGAGAGAUCAAGAGUACCUCAUGGAAGACCAGCUUUUUCUCGAAGACAACACAGAAAUGGUGCAGAUGCGUGAACGGGAAAUUAAUACCAUUCUGCGAUCUAUCACGGAGCUCAACUCUAUCUUCAAAGACAUUGCAAGUAUGGUUGCAGAGCAGGGUACAGUGCUGGAUCGGAUAGACUACAAUCUUGACAAUGUUCAGACUAGGGUCCAACAAGGGCUUCAGCAGCUUCAGAAGGCAGAUACAUUCCAGAAGAAGAACCACAAAAUGAUGUGCAUUCUUGUCAUGGCUGCAUCCACCAUCAUCCUCAUUGUUUUGCUGUUUGUGCUCAAGUUCUAAAAAGAGUAACUGUUUAGUAGCAGGCGGCAGCAUUUUGUAAGACUCGCACCUGGACAGUGCUUUGCUGUAAAAGUCUGCUGUUCCCUUGUUUGGGCAUGUAGCUGCUGUAUAAUAUAACAGUGUGUUGCUGGCAACAAUGUGAAAUAAUUGUUUCGACUGAGCAAUGUAAUCUUGUAAUAUAGCCAUGUUCAGGUUUAACCAUUGAAAGUUAUAAGGCUUACCAAUUUGUGCGACAAAUUUGUUUUCCGAGUUUGGCUGGUUUCUCUAUGCCAGGGGCUCUCAAACAUUUGGAUUAAAAAAACCCUGGUCAUCGUUGAAGCAGGUACGGAUGUCUUCCUGAAAGACAGUUGAGGAAUUCUACCUUGCCCCUCUGGCAUUCUUACAGCAGAGAGAGCAUUGUGAAGUGCCGACUCCAAAUAGUUCAGUGAUAAACAUAUUUGGCUCCAUGCAAUGCUUCAAAUCAUGGCCCAGCUUUUUGUGAACUGUCGCUAAGCUAAAGAAGUAUUUAGUUUGGGCUAGGAAAGAUGAAAAAGUUUUGGCAACUGAUGGUCUUCUGGGAACCCCUGGAUUCCUAUUUAUUUAGUUGCACGCGAUUGUCAAAUAUCAGUUAAGUGAGAAUUCUGAUAUGUGUUCAGUUCUGAUGUUUCAUCUGACAAAGGAGCAUGAGUAAAUAUUUAUUGUUGGAGGAAUGUGCCUUUAAUACCAAUGGCGAUUCUAAGAAAAUGAAAAUUUCGUCUGGCCUACACAUUUUCUCUAUCCCUCUUUGGCUAGGAACAUGCAUAUUGAACUAGCUGGUCCUGUGUUGAAAAAUAACUUACCACAACACUUGUGCCACCUGGUCUAAAAUAUAUUAGUCAUACCCAUCUUCUAUGUGGACCACUUUUUAUCUCUUCUUUUCUUUAGGACUCGAAGACAAAGUCGUAAAAAAGAAAACAAAGAACCGGCAUUGCCUUGGUACAUAAACAUGGAGGAUACAAAUACUGUAAAGUACUGAGCAUGUGCCCAUGUCGCAAUAACCCAAGUAGCACAGAUUUGGCCAAUCAUUGGCCAAUUGCUGGCAAUAAUCCUUUGGCCAGUGGCCAGCAUUGGCCGAUGACUGGCCUUUCUCUGGCCAUCAGCCAUUGGCCAAGCAUUUGCCGAUGAAUGGCAACUCUUUGGCCAUUGGCCAAAAGACCUUCGCCAGCCAUUGGCCAAUGCUUGGCCAAAAUCCGUGCUGCUUGGAAAGCCCCCCCCCCCCCCUCCUAUUUUUUAAACGUUUGAAAUAUAAGCAAAGCACAUACCAAGCUCCCACCCCAGCAAACUUUGGAGCCCACCGAGGUAACCUUAAUGCUCCUCCGCAUAUUCUGCUUCUCCAAGAAGCCAAUGCAAAGCGGUGACGCUUGAAGAGAGCACCACCACAAAGCAGGCUUGACACGAGCAGUGGGGCGGCUUUAAAAAAUAGCAAACAACCGAAGUGCUGCGAUCGACAGCUGCUGCAUUCUGGAAAGGCAUGUUGAAGGAGAUUUGCCUUCAGCCAGUGUGCUGUACAAUGUUUGCAGCGGGUUCAUUGUUUUCACUGGAAUUGAUGUAGGAGACGCGUGCUUUAGUGGAACGAUUGUGCGAGAUGUUGCAUGUGUUGAAGAAGGACAGAGGCAUGCUUUUUUUUUUGGCUGAAAUGCUCUUUCAGAAUAGGAGGCGGCCCGCCUGCGGUGAAAAAAGCAAAUGUAUGUACGCGAGCUGUUCUUUAGAGGGCGCGAGGAGUACUAUCUUGAUCACAGUUAGCGAGAGCACGGACGGGAGCGCGCAGCAUCAGGUUCUAUCGGAGCACUUCAGCGGCCAGGCGUGCAACUGCAAUUGCAGCGUUGCGGAGGCGCUGCAGUUAAGCACCGGGUAGUUAGACUGAUCCGAUAGUACCCAAUGCCAUGCGCUCCUGUGUUCCCACUAACUGUGAUCAAGAUAGUACACGAGAACAGAACCUGAGCGGUGGCAGCGGGAAGGCAAGGGGCGUGUCCGCACAGCGUGACCACAUCGGAAUUUUGCAACGGCAGCUAGAACAGGGAGAAGGGGGCAAGAACGGCGGCGGCCUACAGGGGGGAAGGGAGGGGAGAGCAAGAGAGCCUUGCAGUGUCCGAGGAAUGACAAGCAGAGGGAGAGCAGUGCCUCUGCUGUAGAGGGGGUUUCGCAUUCGUACAUGAGCAUUUUUUGCCGGAAUGGGGCACUAACAGCUACCGCUGUAAAAUGACAGGUUUUGCCAGACCUGUAUACUAAGUUCUGCUUCUUUUGUGGGGGUUAUGGUGACGUCAGAAUGCCGGCCUUCCUUCAAUCGGAGCUCGGCCUGCCUCGAGGUCUACUUACUAUCCUUCAAUCAGAGCCGACCGGAGCUCGGCGUUCUGGCGUCGCCACAACCCCUGCAAAAGAAGCGGACAAACUUGCACUUUGCGUACAGUCCUAUUCGAUCAAACAAGGGCCUAGCAAGGGCCUACCCUACCUUUUGUCCCUUCUGCUUCUCCUCUCGAACCUAACAAGAGCAUGUAUCCCCCCUUCUUUUUUUUUUGUGAUUAUCUCCCUUUUGGUGGGUGCUUCUCGGCAUUUUCCUCCCGAUCCACAACAGAAUAGAUGCCAGGGUUUUCUUAACAACAAUUCAUUUUAUUUGAAUUCGUUCUGUAGCAGACACCAAAUUCAAGCAAUUGGAAUGUCUUGUGUCCUUCAGGAUGCAAGAGGUCACUGCUUCUUCUCUAAAGUAGUCUUCGCCACUCUUCAAGGUUACUAAAAUAUAACAUUAAAUCACAGUUCAAACGUU